AUGAAGUUUGGCAAGUACUUGGAGCGUCACCAAGUGUCAGAGUGGCGCAAGAAGUAUGUCUAUUACAAGUUGUUCAAGAAACAGAUCAAGGCCAUCAAGAGGUCAAAGAUAGAUGGAUUCACACUCAAGCGAUCCACGGCAUCAAUUGUUGGUUCGAUGAGGAAUAAGACGAAGGAGAAGGAGGUGCUGGAGGUUCAGGUGUCAAUGACUGGAAUAGUUCCAAUGUCACCAGUGGUCAAUGCUGGCGAGCAACGUAUGGGCAAGAUGGAGGAGCGCGAGGUGCGACGCUUCGAAGAGAUGUUGGAAGAGGAGUUCAAAAAGGUCAACGCGUUUUAUAAGGAGCGCGAGGAGGAGUUCAUUAGACAGUUCAACAUGAUGAAGGAUAUCCUGCUCACAUUGCCAGAGAAGGGUGCCCGUGCGCAUAACUCAAUGUCACUCUCACAUGUAUUCAAUGGAGUCAGCAAGCGAAGGUUCUCGCUUUCAUCGUCCUCGCAUCGUGGCGGUGGAAGUGGCAAACCACAGCAACUUCAUUCAUCUGGAGACACUUCGACUAGGACGACCAUCGAAGAGUUGUCCAUUGACUCGCCAAACCCAAAUGGUGAGAUACGUUCAGCUGCAGUACAGGCCGAGUCCUAUACUCCAAAGCUCAAGCCAACAAAGAUAAAGAGGACCAUAAAGAGAUCAAUGCAAGAGAAUUAUAGAGAGGUAGAGAUACUUAAAGAAUAUGUCCAACUCAAUCAUACAGCAUUCAGGAAGAUAUUCAAGAAGUAUGACAAAGCAUUGGGUGCGAUUAGGAGUGCUGAGCUGAUGGCCAAGGCGGAGCAACAGUAUUAUUAUACUUCCAAGAAGAUAUCAGCUGUGGAGAUUGAGAUUGAGGCGUUGUAUACCAGCAAGUUCGCUAAAGGAAAUAGGCGUGAGGCUAUGACACACUUGAGGAUAAACAAGAAUCAUAGAGCACCUGCCAGUGUGGUGUUCCAAACAGGACUGUACACUGGAUUCUCAUUCAUCCUUCUGAUAUUCAGCAUACGACAGAUGGUUGGCAAUGUCUCACUCACACACUUUGAUCAUGCCCUCCCCGUGGACUUCUUCAACAUGUUCCUUUUAUUCAGAUGUCUACUUCUACCUUUACUGAUGGUCUGGUACUUUGGCAUCAUCAUGUAUGUGUGCAAGGAUAAGAAGAUCAAUGAUGUACUUAUCUUGGGAUGGGACCCAAGGUCAGAGACCAAUCACCAACAUGUAUUCUUGAUGGCCAGCAUGUUCACAUUUGCAUGGUCCACCGCAUUGUAUUUAUAUGUAUAUACAGGGACGACCACCGACAUUGGUCGCCUCCCAAUCAUAUUCCCAUUCUUGCUCUUUGCAAGCGUGGUCUUGUUCAUCAUAAACCCAACCGAGUUGUUCAAUCGACCUGGACGAUACUGGUUGCUCAACACAUUCCGCAGGAUAUUCAGCGCACCAAUGCUCACGGUCAAGUUUAAAGACUUCUUCUUUGGAGAUCAGUACGUCUCGCUGGCAUUGGUACUUAGCGACUUGGAGAACACCGUCUGCUACUUUGUCUACGACCUCUGGUUCCAGAAUGGCACGUGCUGGAAGUACAACCCAUACCUGCGACCGACCCUCCUGUGCGUGCCGUCGCUCCUCCGUGGGCUUCAGUCACUUCGUCGUUAUCAAGACUCCAAGCAGCGCAUUCAUUUGUGGAACCUGGGCAAGUAUAGCACCAAUGUGCUAUUGGUCAUUAUCAAUGCGAUUGCCAACGCACCAUUCUCCACGGGUGCAUACCGACAUCCGUUGAUCGCCGUGUGGGUCAUCAUCGCGGUGAUCAGCACGGGCUAUGGAUGCGCAUGGGACUUCUUGAUGGACUGGGAUCUGCUCCAGCGCAAGAGUCGGAACAAAUGGCUGCGCGACCAUUUGGUCUACCGACACAAGUCCGUCUACUACUGGGCCAUGUCGUCCAACAUGCUCCUUCGUCUGACCUGGACGAUCAACGUUGGUUUAGCAUUCACUCCAUACACCUCCAAACAGAAAGAGCUCAUCCUACUAUGCACUGCCCUACUCGAGGUCACAAGGAGGUUCCAAUGGAAUUUCUUCCGUCUCGAGAAUGAACACUUGAAUAAUGUUGGCAAGUUUAGAGCUUUCGACUUGAAGAUACCAGAGAUGUAUAAAGGAGCUUUAUGUCCAUCAUCACUUUAUUCAACAACUCCAACAACUACACCAACACCAUCACCAAUGGACAAUAAUCACAAUCAAUACGAGACCGGUCAUGAUCAUCCAAAUGGAGAUAUUAACAACAACAACAACAACAACAACAAUCAAUAUCAAGAUAAUGAUGAUGGCGAAUCAGUGACAACAUUGGACCAGACCUCAGUCAGUCAGCCAGUCAGCCAGUCAGCCAGUCAGCUGGUUACCUGA